AUGGCUGAUACAGCUUCUGGCUCUAAUGCUCCCCCUGCUGAUAUCCAAGCCUGGAUUCAGGUGGCAAUUAAAGAGGCUCUGGCCAAUUUAACCCCGGCCCUGCCGGCAUCCACCAUUCCUCAGGUCUCCUUCUCUCAACCCUCAGGCUCUGAUUCAGAGAGCUCUGCAGGGUCCCCACCUCCCAAAAGACCUUGGAAAGGAUCUAGCGCUCAUGCCAAUAAAGGCAAAGGUCCGGCUAAACGUGCCAAACGCCGCGCAGAUCAUGCUUCGGCAGGACCUUCCACAUUAGCAAACCCUUCGGGGGAUGCACCUGAUUAUACACCUCCCUCGGGAGAUGCCCGUGAUUAUUCCUCUGAUGAGGAUUCAAAUUUUCAGUUGACCCAGGAACUUGGUUCAGGUGAGCCCUUAACCAGUUCAGAGGCUGCAUUACAAUGCGCAGAUCCUUCGGAAGCAGACCUAGUUUACACCCCUCAGGGUGAAACCCUAUUUGACCCCCGUUUUAUUCGCCACCCUAGGUCGGCUGAGUGGACACCUCCAGACCAUAUAGCCCGCUAUUUGCAGGUCUGGAUGCGCAAGGCCUUAGAUAAAGAGGUGCGCAAUAAACUUAGGGCCGAAUGCCCUCGUCCCACUAUCCCGGGCAAAGUUACGGCCACCCCAGAAUUCGAUUCUUUCAUGGUCACAUAUAUGAACAAAAAGGGUAGAGACCCACGUAGGGGUUUGGAGAAGGGUUUGAAAUCCACACAGGAUAAAUUAUUAGAUGUUUCUGGUCCUAUGACUCAGAUUUUUGUGCUGGCUGAUGAGGCAACAGCCCAAAAUUCUCCCCUUGACCCAGGGCUAAUCAAAGAUUGGGUACAGCGGGGGUUAUGCCUGUUAGGCAACGCCAACGCGGCAAUUUCAGCCGAACGUCGCAAGGCAGCGCUGCUUAGAAUUGACCCCCGGCUGGCCGAUAUGGCUGAUAAAGAACUUGGUCCCAAAGCCGAUGGCAAAUUAUUUGGGGAUCCCUUUAUUUCUGAGUUACGCAAACAUGCGGGUAAUUACACCACAAUCAAUAAGGUCGAGACUUCUCUUAAGAAAGUAUUUCAAGCACAAGGUGUUUUUCACCGGGCUGGCAGACAGCGGGGCCGUGCUGCCAGCCGUGGAACCUUCACUGGCCCUAGAUACAGCUACAGUCCGGUUUCCACACCCCAAUAUAAUCCCACCUUUCGGACUCCGUUUCCCGCUUCCAGAGGGUUCCAGAGAGGUCGUGGCAGAGGUGGACGUGGACGAACAAGAUUUUCAUCUGCGUAAUCCGUUCUCUGCUGUGGUGCGUCCGGAAGACCUGUGUCCAGGAAUUCCAGUGGUGGAUGGUCAGGCUUGGACUGAAGUUUCCUCUGUGGUUUUUUCUCUAUGAUCUCCUCGUUCCAGUUUCAAGUUUCAUCUUCUGCGUUCGGUUCCAUACCAAAGGAAGAGGAGGCAGUCUUGCUGAAUGGGACUUAUAUAUGCUAGGACUGUCUCUGAUUGGUUAUUUGUUUACAUUGUUUUUUCUCCUUUGCUGCUGUGAGGUUUAAGUAAAGGAAGAUAUGCAAAA